AGUACGAUGUGAAAAAUUUGUGAUGCUAGUUUAUGAUGUUAUAAAAAAUAAGUUCUCAGUAAGUGAUAAAUAUUUUUAUGUUUUUGUUAUUUUUGUAAGUGAACUAGAAUCAUGGAUUGUGCACAAAAGUUAAAUUUUGACAAUUGUGAUCGUUAUUCCGCUUGGAAUUCGACUUUAGUAUCUGUUGAAAGUUGCUGCGAAAUGAGUGACAGCUUUAAUUCGUCUAGUGAUUGUUUAAGUCCUCCUGCUGGCGGAAUUAAAGCUAGAAAAUUGGAUUUUUCGGAUAAUGCAGAUUCGACACCAGAAGAGCCUUCAUCGGCUCCUUUCAGCCCCCCUUACAGACGAGUACGAGCCUUAAGAUUAUUUGAUAGUCCUGCAACGCCAAAGACAUUACUUGAGAAAUGUAGUAGCACUCCAGCACCAAGAUGUCGAAUUAUUAAUACAACAAUCAAUUCUGCAAAUAAAUCUAUAUUAUCUAGUUCUAAUACAGCAGAAAGACCUAGAGCUGUUGCUAGUAACUUCAAAAAUGAACUUCGUCCUCAUGCCAAUGUUAAUCCAUUUACUCCCAAUGGUAUGCUUAUGCACUCAAAAAAACGAACAAGGUCAAAAAGAUCAUUGCAUGGUUCACCUGUUUUAAAAGUUACACCGUUAGAUUUAAAUGCUGAAGAUGUAAGUGACGAAGAAUUUGAACAACCUCUAAAACGUGUAGCUCUACAAGAUAGCAAUAUAUCGAGAUACCAUGAAGAGUUUUUGGAAUUAGGAAUAUUAGGCACUGGUGAAUUCGGGUCUGUUUAUCGAUGUCUAAACAGAUUGGAUGGAUGUAUUUAUGCUGUGAAGAAAAGCAUUAAACCAGUCGCUGGUAGUGCUAAUGAACAAACAGCUCUGAAUGAAGUUUAUGCUCACGCCGUUCUUGGCAAACAUCAACAUGUUGUAAGAUACUAUAGCGCAUGGGCUGAAGAUAAUCGAAUGGUUAUUCAGAACGAGUACUGUAAUGGUGGCAGUUUAGAAGAUGUUAUACGUGAACAGCCUUUGUCGGAAGCAGAACUUCGAACUUUAUUACUUCAUACAGCUGAAGGUUUAAGGUAUAUACAUUCAAUGCAACUUGUACAUAUGGAUAUAAAACCAGGAAAUAUUUUUAUAUCAAAGGAACAACGUCUUUUACCCUUGAAUUAUGAUUCAGCUGAUGAUGGUUUUGAAGAACUUGAAGAAGGCGCUGAAGAAGUUACAUACAAAAUCGGUGAUUUGGGUCAUGUAACAUCACUUGCAAAUCCUCAAGUUGAAGAAGGAGACUGCAGAUAUUUGACGCGUGAGAUUCUAAAUGAAGAUUUUAAGCAUUUGACGAAAUCAGAUAUUUUUGCUUUAGGAUUGACUAUUUACGAAGCUGGAGGGGGUGGUCCACUGCCUAAAAAUGGACCUGAAUGGCAUGAAAUAAGAGAUGGUAAAAUAAAAGAUCUUCUGCAGUGCAGUAAGGAUUUCAAUAACUUGAUUAGGCUAAUGAUACAUAAAGAUCCUGAAAUGAGACCAUCUGCUGUGAAUAUUAUUCAACAUAGAGUAUUGUGUCCUUUUGGAAAUAAAACAAAAGCUCAACUAAGGAGAGAACUCAAUGCAGAGAAGUUGAAGAAUGAAUUUUUGUCAAGGCAGCUUAAGGAAGCUGCGAUGUGUCUUCAAACGAUGGCUCCUGCAAUCAUGCACAAUAAAGACAAAAAGACAAAAGGAUUGAAUAAUUCAAGGCUCUUGAGAUCGUCCGCUCUGAAAUCCCUUGCUAAUAACAAUGAAAGAAUUAUUGGCAAGAAAGUAAAUAGGUCUCACAGUACAACUAAUUUUUAAUAUAAAAAUCAGUUAAUUUUGUGAUAUUCACUUCCAUAAUAAUCUUUAUAUUUUUUCUAAAUUAUAUUAGUCAUUGAAAUAAAUAUAUUAUACAUGUUUGUAGCAUUGUGACUAAUGUUUCUGCCUAUUUUAAAAAUAUGUUAGAAGUACGUAUGCAUGUUCACUAGCUAUUUAACAUGUUAUUGGUCUCUCGGAUGGACCAAUUCUUUCACACAGUAAAUCUAACAAAAAUUAAAAAAUGGCUUUUUGGGGUUAUUUUUGUGAUAUUACUUCAUAAGAACAGAAUUUUUGUGAGAAUUAUAUUCAAAAUGCUUUGAAAAUUUAUAAAUAU